UCUUUUUCUUUCUUUCUUUCUUUAACUCUCUCUCUCUCUCUCUCUCUCUCUCUCUCUCUCCAUUUGUUCAUAUAAUCUGACAAACGGCCGUUUUCACCAUCUUCAAAUAAGCCUCUUCUCUUUCUUUUUUUCUCUCCCAAAUGUACUUUAGCUAAGGUUUCUUGCUUACACCUAAAAAGAAACCCACUCUCUCUCUACUUCUUGAUCCCAUCCGUUACUCUCAAGAAACUGUCUUUGAAUUUCUUUUUCUUGAACAAGAUUUCAGUAUACAAAUUGGUUUUCCUUUUUCUUAUUAGUUUUGCUUUUAAAGGUCAAAUAUACUAAAACCAAGAAGAUAAUUCAAUAUACCAUGUUGGAUCUCAAUCUUGAUAUCAUCUCUACUGACUCAUCUUCUUGUGAUAUUAGCAAGAACAACAAGAAUAUGGAAGUAACAGAGACAAGCAAUAAGACUGUUCAAAUGGAGGAAGAUUCUACAAACUCUUCCUCCAUUAUUAUUAACACAGUACCAGAAGAUGAGAACUCUUCCAAUAAUUACACUGCAUUCAUUUUCGAUAUCUUGAAAAAGGAAAAAGUAGAUGAUAAUAAAAAUCUAAUUGAUUUCACUACGCAUCAGCUUUUUCCAGAGAAAAGUGGGUUGGAAUUAGAUUUGCAGCCUGGAUUGUCAAUGGUAAGGCCUCAGUGGCUUAAAUUGUCGCAGAUGGAGCCCAGUGGAGAAGCAGAGCUGAGAAUUGUGCAGCAAAAACAGCAGCAAAUGAGAAAGAGCAGAAGAGGACCAAGGUCUAGAAGCUCUCAGUAUAGAGGAGUUACAUUUUACAGAAGAACUGGAAGAUGGGAGUCUCAUAUUUGGGAUUGUGGAAAGCAAGUAUAUUUAGGUGGAUUUGACACUGCUUUUUCUGCAGCAAGAGCAUAUGAUCGAGCUGCAAUUAAGUUCCGAGGAGUUGAUGCAGAUAUCAAUUUUAAUUUAAGUGACUAUGAAGAAGAUAUUAAGCAGAUGAAAAACCUGAGCAAAGAAGAAUUUAUUCAUAUUCUUCGUCGCCAAAGCACAGGGUUCGCCAGAGGCAGCUCCAGAUACAGAGGUGUAACUCGUCACAAAUGUGGUAGAUGGGAAGCAAGAAUGGGGCAAUUCCAUGGAAAAAAGUAUAAUUAUCUCGGAUUAUUCGACAGCGAAGCAGAAGCUGCAAGGGCUUAUGAUAUGGCAGCUAUCAAAUGUAAUGGAAGAGAAGCAGUAACCAAUUUUGAGCCUAGUGUUUAUGAUGGAGAACCUAUUUUUGAUUUAAGUUCUGAAGGGAAUGGCCACAAUCUUGAUUUAAGUCUUGGAACUUCUGCACCAACAAAUAAUAACAAUGUGAGAGACUGCAAUUUUCUUUGCACUGAUCACAAAUUACCUAACAAAGAUAGACUAAAGGGUCGAAGUACUGCUUCUUGUACACCUAAAGGUUCUGCAAGUUUAUCAAUGCCAUCAAAGUUUCUCCCAACGCUGUCUAGUUUAUUACCAAGCAAUCAGGAAAGGGUAACAGAGAAGAGCAUCGUGGAGGCGAAAACCUCGAUUUGGCAAUGGCAAAACAAUAAUGAAAACAACAAGAAUAACAACAAUGUUGCUUGAAUUUCAUCUGCAGCAUCAUCAUGAUUCGCUUCAUCGACAACAAAAUGCCUCUUCAAUAACCUUUCCAUUCGGGGCCGACAGUUUUAAUAAUUAUUACUAUUACUGGGAAUUGUAAAUUAAUUUUCGAAGAGUUCCAAUCGAAUCGCAGCCAUAUUAAUUUAGAAACAAAAAAUGUACUACGUACUCAUUGUAAAAAAGAAAAUUAGCACCUUAAUCAGCAAAAAUAUGCUACUGUCAGUUGCUCUUUAAUUAGAAUGUUAGUUGAGAAGGAGAAAUAGUGAAAAAGAACAAUUAUAAUGUGUAGGGCCCUUUUCUGUUUAGAGUAUCAUAUUUAUAAGACUUCUGUUCAUAACUGCCAUUGUAGUCAUUUAUGGUUUCCAGCAAGGGAGAGAUAAGAUCUAACCUUUGAUUCUUUUGGUUAAGGAUUUGUGUGUUUGUAGAUAUAUAUAUAAGAUGAAGACAAGACAUUGCUUCUUUCAA